AUGUCUCCUGCACGUGACGAUACGGACUUGGUAAACGAACGAUGCGACCAAGCGCUGAUCCGUAUCCAGAACUAUCAGCAAGCGACGGCCAUAUACUACAACAUCAACGUUCGAAGCAGAUGGUUCGGAAUAGGAGAAUUGGCCCUACGCAAGGUCUUCCAAAACACCGCCGAGCUGAACGCAGGAAAGCUGGGCACAAACUGGGAAGGUCCCUACAAGAUCACCGAUAUCAUGCGACCCAGAGCCUACAAACUCGAAGGGAUAGACGGAAAAACGAUACAAAAGCCUUGGAACGUGAUGCACUUGAAGAAGUACUACCACUAG